CAGGAAAACUGAGUCGGUUUCGUCUGUUUUAUUCCAAAAAGCGUCUGUCUGCGGCUACUCGGCGAACUUGACGGGCGCUAGGACCUGGUGACCGCCGCCACUUUGAACCUUCAGACGGCGAAAACUGCUGCCUACCAACUUCCGGGUUCGCAUCGUCUCCCUUCACAACAAACGGUGCAGCGCAUAAACUUCACCGUCAAGCCAACACGUUACGGCUAUUUCCACCUUUGCUCCGUGAUCGAGCCGAGUGAGGCAGAUUUGUACGACGUCCCUCGCCGCCAUUCUCUGGAGCCGACACUUCCGUGUUGGGAGGAUUAGCAUCUUGACAGCAGCCGGCGCUAGCUCGCUGGGUAAAAGGCAGUUCACGUCACCGCGCUUUCAAACGCUGCCGAGGAAACCGUCCGAUCCCAACUGACCUCUGUCCAUGUUCAUGACAGGAUGUCUGGAAGCCCAGCGGUGGUCAUGCGCCUGGUGGCGUCAGCCUUCUCCGUGGCCGAGCGCGCAGGUGAGAUCGUGAGGAAGGUUCUGCACAGUGGAGAGCUGGGGAUCGUGGAGAAGACCGGCGCCAACGACCUGCAGACUUUGGCCGACCGCCUGGCGCAGCAGAGCAUCUGCGCGUCACUGGCCAGGCGCUUCCCGAAAGUCACCAUCAUUGGGGAGGAGGACCUUCCAUCUGAGGAGGUCAGCGAAGAUCUGAUUGAAAGUGGCCAGAGUGAAGAGAUUCUUCAGAAGACGUGUCCAGUGGAGUUGAGUGGGAUCACUGAGGAGGAGCUGGUGGUUUGGGUGGAUCCUCUGGACGGUACCAAGGAGUACACGGAAGCCUCACAGCUGCUCCUCACUGACGCUAAAGACUCCCCUCAACUCUUGAGCAAGGCUUUCUGGCUCCUGGACAACGUGACGGUGCUGAUCGGAAUCGCACACGCGGGCCGAGCCAUCGCCGGCGUCAUCAACCAGCCCUUCUUCAACUACCAGCUGGGACCCGGCGCACAUCUGGGCCGGACCCUGUGGGGGAUGCCGGGCUUGGGAGCCUUUGGAUUCCAGCUCCAAGAAGCUCCUGGAGACCGCCGCGUCGUCACCACCACCCGCUCUCACAGCAACAAGGUGGUGACCGACUGCGUGGAAGCCAUGGAGCCGCACCAGGUGGUGCGAGUGGGCGGAGCCGGAAACAAGAUCAUCCAGCUGAUCGAGGGACGGGCGACGGCGUACGUCUUCGCCAGCCCCGGCUGCAAGAAGUGGGACACGUGUGCUCCGGAAGCUAUCCUGCACGCGGUGGGAGGGAAGCUGACCGACAUGCACAACAGGCCGUACCGCUACCACGCGGACGUGAAGCACAUGAACUCCACCGGCGUCCUGGCCACGCUGCGGCACCACGAGGACUACGCCAGCAGAGUCCCCGCCUCGGUGCUGCAGGCGCUCAAGUGCGACUGAGCCGGCGCCACGACGCCGCCUCCUCCACGCCAGACACACACCAGACGCGCGUCACGUUCAACAUCACUUCCAUUUAUUUCACUCGUACAAAUCUCUGCACAUGGUUUUAGAUUUACAAAGCAAAAAAAAUCAAAGGCAAAGAUCGAAUAAAUAAAAACACACUGGUUAAUAGUGACUUCAUUCAUGAGCGUCAGUGGAGGAGCCUCAGCUCCACCGCCUGACUGGGACGUAUUUACAGUGACAUGCAGUGUCAUGUGACCGGAAGUGAACACCGACACGUCUGGGAGCGCGCCACCACGACUCUUCCGUUCCGGCGCCGAUCGAGUUCCAUAGUGCGACUGGAAUGACUGGAUUUUGUGGCCUGAUUGACCAUGAAAUAAAAGCUGAUUUUCCGCCUGUGGUUCUGGUUGUUUCCGGGACAUUCAAUGGUUCUAUAGACUUUUAAUUUCCUCACAAAACCAAAAGUGCACAUGCGUAGCCACCUUGACGUCACACCUGCAGUCGAUAUAUUAAAUAUGGUUAAAUGAAACGGUCGGACAUCGAACAUGCUGCAGCUGAUGUGAAAUAAAAAUGGCGCCACGCCUCGCCGCCGCUCUUCACACACAAACGGAUCAAAAACGACCGCGCGCGGAGGUCACUUCAUCUGGAGUUGAAUAUUCUGGAAUGGACUGAGUUGACACACGAUGGAGUCGUUUAAAAAAAAAAAAAAAAAGAAUAAAAUACCACUCGUGUUGAUAAAAAUACCCACAUCAAGCAAAAGAAGAGAGAAGAACACACUCCAGGACUUGGUGUUUACACAUGAACGAGCUGUAGAGGAGGCUGGAGUGUUUGAGGCGGCCAGCAGGGGGCGCUGCUGCAGCUGCUCACCUCUUUUUGGGAGCCUGAGUGGUGCGGGGCGGAGUGACCGGGCGCCCCGAGUUCACUCCUCCGUACUGGUACUUGGCCUUCUUCUCCGAGGGUUUUAGGAUCUG